UGACCGUCACUUGCGGAUGCUCGCAAACAACGUCAACAUUUCAAGGUUCCAUAAACGGUACAGGGAGAAGUUACUCGUCCGAUAGCAUCUUAGCGACACAAGCGCAAUGUUUUUUCGGCUAUGAGACAUCGGGAGCCAUGGGGGGGCUUAAGCAGCGGGUAGCCGCCUUCUCGCUUGUCGGAGUGGCUUUGUUUUUGUGGCUGUUUUGUGGAAGGAGCUCCGGCGAACCUGUGGGGAAAUGUGGCGGCGGCGGCGAGCCGUGCCAGUCCCCGGGACCUCCGGUGGUCCUCGUUCCGGGGGACCUGGGAAACCAGCUGGAAGCAAAGCUGGAUAAACCCAGUGUGGUUCAUUACAUUUGUUACAAGAAGACGGACACUUUCUUCACUUUAUGGCUCAACUUGGAGCAGCUAGUGCCUGUUGCCAUCGACUGCUGGAUGGACAACAUAAGGCUGAUCUACAACAGGACCACACACACCACCUCGUCGCCACCAGGGGUGAACAUCAGCGUCCCGGGAUUUGGCCAGACGUACUCAGUGGAGUAUCUGGACCCCAGUAAACGUAGUGUGGGUAUGUAUUUUUUUAAUAUCGUACAGGCGCUGGUGGACUGGGGCUACACUCGAGGUGACGAUGUCAGAGGAGCUCCCUAUGAUUGGAGGAAAGCACCGAACGAGAACAAGGAGUACUUCCUGGCGUUACAGGGGAUGAUCGAGGAGAUGGCAGAGAAGGCGGGCGGGCCCGUUGUUAUGAUUGCCCACAGUAUGGGCAACAUGUACACGUUGUACUUCCUCAACCAGCAGCCGCAAGCCUGGAAAGACAAAUACGUCAAAGCGUUCAUCGCUCUGGGAGCGCCGUGGGCCGGCGUGGCCAAGACGCUGCGUGUGCUCACCUCCGGUGACAAUAACGGGAUCCCGGUGAUCAGACCACUAAAGAUCCGCUCUCAACAACGUACGGCUGUGUCCACCUCUUGGCUCCUUCCCUACGCCCACAGCUGGCCUAAAGAUAAGGUUUUGAUCCAGACACCAACAACUAACUAUACCGUGAUGGACUACAAGCGACUCUACUUAGACCUGGGUUUCGAGGACGGCUGGCUUAUGCGUGAGGACACGGAGUCUCUGCUCUUUGACCUCACGCCGCCCGGCGUGGCCAUCCACUGCUUGUAUGGCUCCGGCAUUCCCACGUCAGAAGCCUUCCAGUACACGUCCAAGUUCCCGGAUGAGGAUCCCACCGUGGUGAUGGGUGACGGCGACGGUACGGUCAACCUGUUGAGCGCCACCCAGUGCAAGCGGUGGGUGGGGCGGCAGAAACAAGCGGUGACCUUGCAAGAGCUUCCUGGGAACGAGCACGUGAACAUACUGCUCAAUGUCUCCACCGUGGCCUACAUCAAGAAGGUGCUUUUUAACACUGCGGGAACUUUACGCCCCCCUGGUCCCUAACACCACACGGAAAAACUCACCUCAGUCAGUUGUGCUGUUUAAAUUGUCAUUUGUGCUGCUAUGGUUUCAGCCCUCCUAAAUGCUUGUGUGUGCCAUCUGGAAAGUUGCAGCAGCCAUUUUGACACCUCUUAGUGCAUAUUGGUUCAAUAACAACCUUGACUAUGAUUAUUAUUAUCUAAUUAACUACGUGGCAUGGUGGACGACUGGUUAGCACAUCUGCCUUACAGUUCUGAGGACCGGGUUUCAAAUCCCAGCCUCGCUUGUGUGGAGUUUGCAUGUUCUCCCCGUGCCUGUGUGGGUUUUCUCCCGGUACUCCAGUUUCCUCCCACAUCCCAAAAACAUGCAUGGUAGGUUGAUUGGAGAUUCUAAAUUGCCCUUAGGUGUGAAUGUGGUUGCGAAUGGUUGUUUGUAUAAAUGUGCCCUGCGAUUGGCUGGCGACCAGUUCAGGGUGUACCCCGCUUCUCGCCCGAAGAUUGCUGGGAUAGGCUCCAGCACGCCCGUAACCCUUAUGAGGUUGAACCGGUACAGAAGAUGGAUGGAUGGAUAAUUAACUGUGUUCAAAUGGCUGCUGCUAGAGUGCUUAUUGUGACCAGUUUUAAAUGAAUUUUAUACAGUUGAUGUCAGAAUGUUUACGGAUAAACAUAUAUUCUUAGCUUUCCAAGAAUCACACAUUAGUGUGUUUAUUGUAUUAAGGGGCAAAGCAGGGGUAUAUAGAUAUACAGAAUAUAUUUUAGACAUUCAAAUUUGAGCUUUUAAUUGAGUAAGCCCAUAUUUUUACACAUUUGUUGUUAUCAUGUAUUUAGCUUAUUCAUCUCAUCCCGAAUUCUACCUUUUAAUUUUCUUUUUCAAAAAUCUCUUGUGGCUUCAUACAUUUGGGUUAAUUUUGUCCGACAAACUAUAAAUUAGUAAGAUAAUUGUGACAGGACAGUUGGGCACAGUUUCAAGUCAUUUUACUUUAAAUAAGUCUGAAUUGUAAUUCAUGUUUAAUAACCGACAAGACGAAGUUACAACAACCACUACAUCAGGGAUUAUUAACAGCAACACUGCUGUUUGUAAUUUUCAGGAAUUAGCCCUACUGAUCUCGAAAAUCUGACCGCAUUUUCUCAAGGUCAUUGGGGUGGGACAUUGGAAACGUCAUACCAGUACAUAUUUUUGGUUUUGUUUGUUAGUACUCUUCAUCUUCGGUUUCACAUUUAAGAUGGACUACUACACUCUUUUCUGAUAUUAUUCAUGUGCUAAAACUCUUCAUUUUGUGUCUCGAGAUUUUUUUUCUUCUGUCAAACCAAUGUUUAAUAGCAUCCCAUUGUCCUCCACAUUUCCUUCACUUAUUCUCCAGUGCCAAAUUCUAUACUCGUCCCAGUAACCACGCAAGAGGGUUAAUGUUUGCUUUGGUUUGUCAAAUUUACAAAUUUUGUCUCUGGUUCUUCUGUCUGCACAGUAAUUGAUUUGACAGAACACGGCCAAGUUGGUCGGUUUUGUUGGAAGUUGUCAUCCAGUGAGAUUUAGCCUUUGCAUGCUUGCUUUAGCCUUUUGCUUUUUUUGGCUGCUUGUAUCACAUAAAUUGAUUCUUGUUCUCUCUUUAGACAAUCAAGAAGUGUUCAGGUUGUGCUUCACCGAAGUUUUCCCAAACGUUUACUUGUGUGUACUUGUGGAAAUUAAGUUAGUUACUCUUUCUGCCUAGAGUACAGUAAUUUCUCGUGUAUAAUGCACAUCCCCCCCCCCCCCCCCCAAAAAAAACACAUUGUCAAAAGUCAAUAGUGCGCAUUAUACAUAGGUAUAGGGGCAAAUGGAAAAAAACUCACAUUUUAUAAAUGUAUGCCGCCAUCUAGUGGUUAUAAACAAACUACACGUUCAUUCUAAAAUGCCACCGCCUAGUGGUUAUAAAAAAAGGUGUAGCCUACACUUUCAUUCCAAUAUGACGGGGGUACGUAUGACUGCAUAUAUGUACAGUUAUGCUCAUAAGUUUACAUAUCCUGGCAGAAUGUGUGAAAUAUUUUUAUUUUAGUUGUUUUAAUAUGACUGAUGAAUGAACAACAAUCUUCUUUAAUUUCUUUAUGAUUAUGUUUUGUUUAAUGAUAAUGCUUUUCUGAAAUGCUUGACAGUUUAAUUUGAAUCCCAUUAAAAUACAAUUAAAUGUGUUUCGCCAGGUCCUUCGUGUUUUCUUUAAAGAAUUGUACCCAUCUUACAAAUUCUGCCUGGGUAAUCAAACAUAUGAGUACAACUGUGUGUUUUCUAAUUUACUAAAUAAAAGUAGGGCUGUGAAUUUCAAAAUAAGAGCCAGUAAAAACUUCAGAAUAAUUCUUUGUAAAAACUAACAAAAAAAAGAUAACACUUCAUGUUUUGAUCAUAUGGGUAGAUGCAAAAUCAUGCAUUGUAAAAAUGCAAUAUACAUAGGUAGAAGGGUUUUCUGAAAUUUUGGGGUCAACUUUGGGGGGGGUGCAUAUUACACAUGGGUGUGCAUUGUACACGAGAAAUUACGGUAAUUGUAUUACCUGACCACAAUGAUGCUCUGCUGUGAACUGUCAGAUAAGUUCUGGCUUCGAUAAAUUGUUAGCAUUGGUAUAAAUCAAACUGACAUUUUGUUUGAAACAAUUAUAUCACCUUAUAUUAC